CAGGCAAGCGCCGCUCCUGCCCCGGACCGCCUCGCCUCGCCAUGGCCGAGUGGGCGCCCGCCCAGGCUCAGGAACGGGACGCUGAAUCACGGGAACUGCCAUCGCUGCAAUCCUCCGUGGUCCUCGAGUGGCCGGCGGGGCAAAUGGCGGAGGGGUCCGUGUGGACUCUGGUGGCCGCCAUCCAAGCCAUGGAAAGCAAGGUGGACUCCCUGGCUGCACGGCUGCUGAGCCUGGAGGGAAGGACAGGGACAGCCGAGAAGAAAGUCUUUGAAUGCGAGAAAACGGAGCUGGAGUUCGGGAACCAGCUAGAGAGCAAAUGGACCGUCCUGGGGACCCUGAUCCAAGAAUACGGGCUGCUGCAGAGGAGGAUGGAGAACAUGGAGAACCUGCUGAAGAACCGGAAUUUCUGGAUCCUGCGAUUCCCCGCUGGUGUCAACGGAGAGGCCCCAAAGGUGCCGGCCACCUUUGACGACAGCGCCGCCUUCUCCCAGGAGGAGUGGGAGAAGCUGGAGGACUGGCAGAAGGAGCUGUACAAGAACGUAAUGAAGGGGAACUACGAGUACUUGAUCUCUCUCGACUACGCCAUUUCCAAGCCAGAUAUUCUCUCCCGGAUUGAACAAGGGGAGGAUCCGGGCAUCCAUGACGGACACGACACCGACGCAAGGGAGCGUCCUGGGGAUCCCGGCAUGGGCGCUGCUGCUUCCGCCUUUGAAACGGCCUCGCAGAUCAAGCAAGAGCAGGACGCCUUGGCUGAGGAGGAAGAGGAGGAGGAGGAGGGGGAAGACGAGGGCCAAAGGGACCCCGGCGGAAAAACAGGCCCAGUUGACAGCUGGCUGCUGAACCCCAAAGAGAGAGGUUCUGGAGAGCCGGAACCCCACUGGACUUUGGCGGCGAGGUCCGGAGAGAACUUUUACUCAGAGGUGAAGGGCCCAGGUCCGCCUUCAGGGUUCCCGGAGCCGCUCACCCCCGUGAUGCAGGAGAGAGACGGCAGAGCGGGGCCCCAUCCUCCCCAGUGGGUCUCCCCGGAGCAGCCGUACCUCUGCCCCGACUGCGGCCUCCGCUUUGGCCGAAAGGAGCAUUUGGCCCAGCACCGGCGCACCCACGCGGCCGGCCGGCCCUACACCUGCCAGGAGUGCGGCAAGGCCUUCGUCCACCAGUCGACGCUGACCACGCACUGCCGCACACACACGGGGGAGAAGCCCCACGCUUGUGCCACCUGCCUCAAGCGCUUCAGCCGCCUCUCCACCCUGCUGGAGCACCAGCGGACCCACACGGGGGAGAAGCCCUACCAGUGCGCCCAGUGCGAGAAGCGCUUCAGCCGCCUCUCCACCCUGGUGGAGCACCGGCGGACCCACACGGGGGAGAAGCCCUACGCCUGUGCCCAGUGCCGCAAGAGCUUCACCCGCCUGGCCAACCUGACGGUGCACCAGAACACGCACGCCGGCGAGCGGGCCUACUGCUGCACCCGCUGCGGCCAGAGCUUCCCCCAGAAGGCCGGCUUCCUCGACCACCUGCGGGGCCACGCGCGGGAGCGCCUCUACCAGUGCGAGGACUGCCCCAAGAGCUUCGUCUGCCGCUCCUGGCUGCUCCGGCACCAGAUGACCCACUCGGGCGAGCGCCCCCAGGGCUUUGCCCGGAAGGAGCCCCUCCUGCGGCACCAGGGCGGCAGCCACGCCCCCGGGGAGCGCCCCUUCCCCUGCCUGGCCUGUGGCAAGGGCUUCCGCUGCCAGCAGAGCCUCCGGCUGCACCAGGGGAGCCACGCCGCCGGGGCCGACCCGCCGGGGCCCCCCGCCGACAGCCAGCUUCCGUGGGUGAAAAUAGAGAGCGUGGGAUGA